AUGAUAUUCCACGUUGAGAUAUUGAAUGCACCGGCUGACCAAUUGGCCGCACGACCACACAGGCCGUCGUUCGCGCAACGGCUUAAGCCGUUGGCCACGCAGCCAAGCACGCCGCGGCUCGCGCAGCGAAGUGAGCCGUCGCUUGCGCAGCCGAGCGAGCCGUCGCUCGCGCAGCCGAGCGAGCCGUCGCUCGCGCAGCCGAGCGAGCCGUCGCUCGCGCAGCCGAGCGAGCCAUCGCUCGCGAAGCCGAGCGAGCCGUCGCUCGCGCAGCCGAGCGAGCCGUCGCCCGCGCAGCCGAGCGAGCCGUCGCCCGCCCAGCCGAGCGAGCCGUCGCCAGCCGAACGAGCCGUCGCUGGCGCAGCCGAGCGAGCCGUCGCCCGCCCAGCCGAACGAGUCGUCGCUCGCGCAGCCGAGCGAGCCGUCGCUCGCGCAGACGAGCGAGCCGUCGCUUGCGCAGCCGAGCGAGCCCCGAGCGAGCCGUCGCUCGCGCAGCCGAGCGAGCCGUCGCUCGCGCAGCCCAGCGAGCCGUCGCUCGCACAGCCGAGCGAGUCGUCGCUCACGCAGCCGAGCGAGCCGCCGGUCCCGCAGCCGAGCGAGCCCUCGCUCGCGCUCCUAGCGAGCCGUCGCUCGCGCAGCCUAGCGAGCCGUCGCUCGCGCAGCCGAGGAGCCGUCGCUCGCGCAGCCGAGCGAGCCGUCGCUCGUGCAGCCGAGCUAGCUGCUGCUCGUGCAGCCAAGUAG